AUGGUGGCAGCAAAGAAGACAAAAAAGUCUCUGGAGUCAAUCAACUCUAGGCUCCAGGUCAUUACAAAAAGUGGAAAGUACGUGCUGGGGUACAAGCAAACUCUGAAAAUGAUCAGACAUGGCAAAGCGAAACUGGUCAUCCUCGCCAACAACUGCCCAGCCUUGAGGAAAUCUGAAACACAAUACUACACCAUGUUGGCCAAAGCUGGUGUCCAUCACUACAGUCGCAGUAAUAUCAAAUUGGACACAGCAUGUGGGAAAUACUACAGAGUAUGCAGGCUGGCUCUCAUUGAUCCAGGUGAUUCUGAUAGCAUUAGAAGCAUUCCAGAACAGAUUGGUGAAAAGUAAACC